AAUCAUCAACUAUAAGUACUUGAAUAAAUAAUUAAGUAGUUGAAAUGCUUCUUUUUUUAUGCAUUUCGAUGCUAAAAAAUAUCGAAUAAUCGUCAUAGUGCAAUUUGCCCCUGAUUCUACGCACUUUCCACAGUCUAUACACUUUCCCUUUCGAAAAUGACGUUUCAACUUGCUUGCUACAUGUUUCAUAUGUUUAUCAGUGUUCUUUUAUGUUUCCAUCAGUUGCUUUGUUUGUCUUACUGAUAUCUGUUUGAAAAAAAUAACACUCUCCACCCAUUUUAAGUAAUGUCUGCUGAAUCUCUACGAAAAAAGUCUUACGAAAAAUGUGUUGGAAAAGUUAUUCUGCCUCAAAUUGUUGAAGAUAAAUCAUUAAUCGAUAGCUUCACUGGUUUCAUUCAAGAUGUCGUACCUCAAGCGUACGGAUGCUCGCCACCGUCGGAGAGUAAAGAAAAAAUACUAUGGGCAAGGUUCGAAUAUUGUGACGUAAAUGAUCCGAUUUUCCAUUCCGAAGCUAUCGAACCUGUAUCAGCUGGAUUACCUAUUUUACUCGUUCUCGGGUAUAGUUUCGGUUGUCAAAUUUGGAGUAUAACGGCAAACGGCGAAGCAACUGAAUUACUAUCUUGGUUUCAUGGAACAACAAGAUUUGUAAAAUUAAUUCCAUCUCCUGCGACUGAUCAAACCAAACAAGACCCGUUUGCUCAUCGAAGACCUUUGGCAGCAGUUUGUGAAAGUGUUUCACCAACCGUACAGCAAUUCUGUACUAUUAAUUUUUUGUCGCUUAGAGGAGGCGAUGUUGUAAAAAGCAUUAAAUUUAAAAGCCCUAUAUUGGAUGUAACGGUUAAUAGGAUCUCCAUCAUUGUCUCAUUUAUCGAAAAGAUCGCCAUAUUUAAUGCAUUAACGAUAGAAAAUUCUCAUACCAUUACCACUUGCUAUGCUACUCCUGGGUAUAAUUUGAACCCUAUCGCUCUCGGGCCUAGAUGGCUAGCGUACUCAGAGCAGAGACUAAUAUCAUGGAUAAAGUCGUCCGGCGGAUGCGAAUCGGAAAGUGCCCCGUCGUAUACAGCCACUGUUUUGAAUGCUGCAAAAACCCUUAGCCAGGGUUUGAAAGAUUUAAGCGGAUCUGUCGCCAGUAGUCUGUCUGGUACUUUAUCUACGUCUCCUGUCAAUUCAUAUAUGCAUAUGGCUGCAGGAUUCCACAGAAGUGAUUCCAGUAACAGUAUCGGCAGUUCUAGUUCGGCUGAAUAUACCCAACCUGGCAUUGUUACCAUUGUUGAUAUUCAGGCUAAAUUAUCCGAUGACGAAUCAGAAAGGAAAGAAGGUAUAAUAGCUCACUUCGUAGCCCAUCCAGAGCCGAUUGUAUCCCUUUGUUUCGAUCCUUCCGGAGUACUUCUGUUGACUGCCGACAAAAAAGGCCACCGUUUUCACGUGUUCAGAAUUCAACCGCAUCUACUCGGCUCAUCGUAUACGUCGGUGCAUCAUCUAUACGUAUUAUAUCGAGGUGAUACGUCAGCUCGAGUUCAAGACAUGACAUUCUCGGUUGAUUCACGCUGGGUGGCGGUUAGUUCGUUACGAGGCACAACUCACGUUUUCCCGGUUACUCCUUACGGAGGCCCGAUCGGAUUACGUACUCAUUCCACACCUCAUGUUGUCAAUAAACUAUCAAGAUUUCAUCGCAGCGCUGGAAUCAUAACAGAUGGCCGGAAUAGCCCUGUACCACACGAAGUGCUACCAUUGUCUUCAUCCCCUACAUCGAUGUCGUUCCCUAAUCCGUGUUUACCGCCCUUCCCUCACCCUACCGUUGUAACAGCGUUGGCCCAGAUACGAAGCCAGUCGACGUUACUCCCGCAAACCAGACACUCGUCGCCGCAAAAUCAAGAAGAAUGUUUACCUUCGUUAAAAGUAGUCGCCUCGUUCGCACCUCCGCGACUAUUGGAUGGUUUAUUAACUGGACAGAUUGGUGCUUCGUAUAGGAAAUCAAAAAAUGCAGCUGAUUCGCUGUUCAUAAUGUCUAGUCAGGGCAUCUUAACGCAGUAUGAUUUAGAACCACUGCCCGCUUCAGGAAUUCCCAAAGAUAAAUUAUGUGACGAAAGCCCUAUAGAAUUGAAGGUCGAGGCUAAAGUUCAGUGGUAUUUAUUGCAAACGCCUCCUUUAUCUACGAGUUUGGCACCCAUAGAGCCUCCGUUAAGCUGCGGUAACCCUUUAUUAUCAACUUACGCGAGUAUGAAACAAGAGAUAUCUAAUUAUGCUGCGGACGAAAAAUCAUUUACAAUCGACGACGACGAUAAAUGGUUAUCGCAGGUUGAAAUCGUUACCCAUAUUGGACCGCACAGACGUAUCUGGAUGGGACCUCAGUUUACUUUUAAACCAAUCUUGAAAAAUGGAUCUGGUGAUUUGGAAACAUCUGAAAAUAACGUCGCCUACACGGCUAAAUCGAAUCCAGUGAAUAUGCCGGCCAAUUAUUCCAAGAAUCAAGCAAUCCCUCUCGUUCCUUUGUACAUAGAAAGCGGUUCAAGCAGUAGCCUUGAACAGUCACCUAAGCUAUUAGAAACAUAUGGAGGAGAUUCUGAUUCAUCUCUUGGCACCGAAGAGCUAAAGAUUCAAGAAGAUAUCGCCGACGCUAUGCUUGAGUCGCCGAUCAGCGCGGCUUUGAAAUCUGGUAUGAAAUGAGGCUCUGCGUUUUGUGAUAGUUAUAUCUGCAGAAUAAGGGACAUUUUGCGGAAUUGAGUGAUUCCGAAAACGUCGAAGAAGCUCAAGAAAAACAAGCUUCAAGAAAGAAUCGUCGAGCCAAAAAGAAACGAAGAUAAACGCUCAAAUUGAAAAUGAGGUCCCGCCUUUGGAAAAGUAUCAUAUGUGUAACGUUAAUGAUUGAAAAAGAAAAGAAAAGAAAAGGAAAAAAAAUAUAAAAAAUUUAAAAGUCCUUCAAUCGGUUUAUAGCAAGCUUUAAAAACGUAAUACUGCCAUUGAAGAAAAAAAAAUUCCUAGUACAAGACACGCAUAAUUAUAGAAGAAAAAAAAAUUGAUAUCGCUAAAUGCUAUUUUUCAUAAAUCAUGUAGAUCGUAAUGAUUCAUCUAUUAUGUGUAAUCUAUCGUUGUUAUUUAAUUGUUCCAACACUCUUAUUGUCGAAUAUACUUCCAAUUUUUGAUCUUAUAAAUUGUAAUUUAAACAAUAAAUUAAGCAUUGCAACCCAAA